AUGGAGGAGCCCACGCCUGAGCCUGUCUAUGUCGAUGUGGACAAGGGGCUGACCUUGGCCUGCUUUGUCUUCCUUUGUCUCUUCCUCAUAGUAAUGAUCAUUCGCUGUGCCAAGGUCAUCAUGGACCCAUACAGUGCCAUUCCCACAUCUACUUGGGAAGAGCAACACCUGGAUGACUGA